GCCUACAGAAAGCACACUUCACGCAGCUUUGUGAAACGUGAGUUUAUUGCACCACCACUUUUAGGGAGUGAAAAUCCAAGGAGGCAACCAUCCAUCUCCAGUUCCCAUUAUUUUCAUCAACUGGGCUACCCUCCCACCAUUGGAACCAACUGUUCUUUAGUGGGUGUCAUUUUGCUGCCUUUUACUGCAGAGGCUGCAGUGCUAGAACCUACAAGGCCCCAACCUGCAAAUCCACCUCCAUUACAGCCACUUUAAGGUAGGCUUGACACCCUUGCUUGUUGGAAGCCCAUUAUAGAAUUGUGAGCAGCCUACAGCAAUGGAUGUAUCUGCUCUGAUGAGGGGCUGAUGAGGGGCUGACAGAUUUCUUCCUAUGCCCCAAAUAGCCAGUCUGUAAGGUCCAUUGCAAGUGCAUUGCAACUCUUUCCAAGGUGUUUGAUUGACACUAACCAAAUGUGUAACCAAGAACUAGUACUUCAACGGACAGCUGCAUAUUUCUGCAUUGCAGGAGGUUGAUGAUCCUCUAUUAAUAGGUGUCCCUAUUCUAUGAGAUACCUUUUGCUCUUGUGUCACAUCUUAGUCCCUGCCCUUGGGCUGACAACCUGGCUCAUUGAUCUCUGAAAGUCACUCUGCAGACCUUUUUCAGCAGAAGGGUAGAAAAGCUUAACACCUCAUCAAAAACCUACAGAAACGGUUUUAAGGAAAAGGGGGGAAAUAGUACUGGCAUAUUGUGCCAUAUAGAGAGAGCAAUGCUACAGGUACAUAUUGAGACAAACCAGACAGCUAAGUAAAAGACUGCCUUGUAUUGCAUGGGAGGAAGUAAAAACAUUUUGACUCCAGAAAAUGGGCAUACACUAGAUGACUUGUAUAGCCAGUGUUGCCAGAAAACUCUGAAAUUGCACAGGUUCAAUUAUAAAUACGAAAGAGCAGUUUGUGGAGGAACAUAAUCCUUGCAUCAUCACUGUUGUGAAGGCUGAACUUCCUGAUUUCUUUCUUUGAGCCCCAAUAGUUCAGUUCUGAGUUCUCCAGGCUUGGGAGGAACUUCUGGUAUUGUCUAAAAAAAGAAAAAAGGCAAGUCAUACUGAUACCAAGAACCACAAGUUCAGUUUUUAAAUUUAUAGCUUUGAAUAUAUGCACACUUAGUGGAAGCUUCUAAGUCAUGAACCAUGAUAAGGUAUUAGCUCUAACCCAGGUGUGGGCUUCUGGGUAUUGCUGAACUACAACUCCCAUCAACCCCAGCAAGCACAGCCAAUGGGCAGGGAUAAUAGGUUCAGCAACAUCAGGAGGGCCAAAAAUUCCCCACACUCCAUUUCAAAAUGCACAAAAUGGAUAAAAGGCUAAAACAAUAAAGGAAUAUUUUGAACUGCCUUUGGACACAGAUCUGCAGGCUUAGGGAAAAGAGUAAGGUGUUCAAAGCCAUCCAGGCAACAGAAGAUCCAACUAUUAUUGCUCAGCAGCUCAUCUAAGGCCUAGGCUACUGUCUAUCCUGGGAUGGACAGUAAAAAACACACAACCUACAGUCUUGGGAGAUAUAUUACCUCUCGGAGCUGUAUUGGGGAAUAAGUGUAUGCCCAGUGUUACUGUGUUGUUUGAUGUAAGCUGUCCUGGGGGUCCUUCUGAAGUUGAAAGGUCAACUAUUUCAAACAAACCAAUACAUAAAUGGGGGGGGGGGGGGAGAAGCCACUUACAAGAUCAGGCCUGUAAUAUCGAUGGACAACUUCUGCACCAGCAAACAUGGCCAACAUACUUGCACUGAACAUUUUCAGGUAGCGAGGCCAAGCUACUCCUGCAGGCAUAGCCAAGAGCUACUAGCAGCAACUGGAAUACAAGUAAAAGAGGAAGACGAGGACACUGACUAGGAAAGAAAUGGCAUGAACUCUGAUGACAUAAAAGGAAAAUGAUUCCAGGAUAGAAACACAAGAUGCUGGACAUUCUGGCAGUGCCUAUCGCUGGCUGUAUCCAACUAAUAUGCUCAAAAUGGAUUUCAAUUGAUUAACUUAAGUUUGUUGAUUACAAUGGAUCUACUACACUAUUUCUUGCUCAAAGCCACACAGCAAAUCCCCAACACAGAGAUGGAAAAACAGUUUUAGUCUGCACUCCCAUGCACAAUUACUUAGAAAUAUGUCCCACUGCGCACAGUGGGACUUCUAAGUAGAUGUGCAUGGGACUGCAAUUUCAGUCCCAUGUGCAUCUAAGAAAUCGUUGGCAUGCUGUGGGCUCCAAUCCAGGAAAUUUCUGAAAACAACACAUUAGUCUGUCAUGGCAUAAAUUUGUGUGCCAGCUAUGCCCAUUCCUGGAGAUGUCAGAUCUGGCUAUGGUGAUACAUACCUUAGGUACAAUCCGUUUGGAUUAAUGAAACACACCCUAGAUGGGACUGUAUUUAUUGCAGUAGUCUAACCUAGAGUUUACCAGAGCAUAGAGAGCAGUAGUUGGGCUUUCCCUCUUCAGAUAUGGGCCACCAGCCAAAGCUGAUGGAAAGCACUCUGCGAAUAAUUGUAUUGUAAAUUGGUAUUGUUAUAAUGAGGCUAUUAUUGGAAUCUAAUUGAAAACUAAUAAAAAUUAUCAAAAAGAAAGAAAAGAAAGAAAGCACUCUGCGACACAGGCCACCUGCGCCUCAAGGAACAGUUGCAAAGGAUCCAGCAAACGGCAGUCUCCACGUUGGGAGAAAUGGGUUGCCUGCGGGUCUCUUAAACGGUUCUCCCAGACCCAUGAAACCGAGCAAAUCCGCCAUGUGACAAACACGCAUCUUGCCCAACGGACACGCGUGUCCUUCCACAACGCCAAAAGGCAAGCCAGGCUCUUCCCCACGGAAAGGAGGAGAUGGGGGGUGGGGUUCUUCCAUAAAGCUCCCUGGUUGCCAGCACCGCCCUGAGGUUCCCUCUUACCUGCAUCAACCCUGAUCACUGGCUCGUCGGUGGCGGAGACUAAUCUCACGAAGGACAAGCCGAAAGAAGGUUCUCUUUGGCCGGACCAGGAGCCAAUAGGGGACGCGGAAGGCAAGAGCAACGCACAGGUCAAGAAGUCACGUGUACGACUAGAUGUUACGUCCCAUCACUCUUCUGGAACUUGAAAGCACUCUAGAGAUAGAAAUGUGGAAUCGCGUGUAGCCUUUCCAUUCGUGUAGCCUUUACAUUCACGGGAAGAUUUGAAAGACGCCCAUGGCUGUAAUUCUCGCCCUAGGUGCUCUACGCCUGCUCUAAAGUGUAACGUAUAUAUGGGGGGAAAGCCCUAAAUAUUCCGCAUCGGGAGAUAAAGGAGGAAAGCCGUUCGCUCUAGACCGGCAGUGCUAUAAUAAGGCUAAUGAACUAAGUCACUCCUAUUUUUGCUAUGUCUAUGAUGAAGUAAUAAAAUAAAAUUGAAAUAAAAUAAAAUUUUGUAUAUAUAUGUAUGUAUGUAUACAUAUACGCACACACACGGAAGUAAUAAAAUUAAAUCUUGCCGUAGCUCAGUGCAUCAGCUCCGCCUGCAUAAGGUCCUCCCACGUUUGGCCCCACAUCCCUCCAGCAAACCCAGGCAGGGCUGCGAGAGAGAACCCAGCCUGACACCCGCGGUUCCGGAGCGCUGCUACCCUUCAGACCAGGCAACGCCGAGCCACGUCGGCCAACGGAGCAAAGGCAAGCUUCCUACGUUGCUGAAAUCGUAGCCCCACGUUUCUCCAUCCCGGAUUUCUACGAUAGGCCGCGCCGCGUGUCAGUCUAUCCUUUUCCUGUCUCUGUGGGCCGGCCGGCCAGCCCACGCCGGCGCCGCGGAACCAGAGAGAGUCGACGGCAGAAGGUACAGCGCGCGAGCUGUGGGGGGAGGGGCCUUGCCGGGGGUCGCGCGGUAUUGGAGGUUGGGCUUGGCUGGCGCUGACUAGGCCUCGAGUUCUCGCCGGGCCUUCGCUAACUGGGGAGGUGGGCGUCGGGAGACGUCAGCGCUCGGGAAUGGAAGCCGAGGAGCCCGGCCCCAGGUAGAGGGGGCGGAAGGAGGCCGAGGCCGAGCUCGCGGGUGGGCAGGGGGGCGGAGGGGGCCGUGGUCGCCUCCCCUCCUGCCGUGGAGGAGGCUGCGGCGAGUACAAAAGGCUUCCAGGCCAGGGUCUCCUGCCACAGGCAGGCCAAGGCCUGAGCCCGGAAUGGGAAGGGGGAGAGGGGAGUGAGCGAGGCUCUGGGUCGCCUCUGUAUUGUUAUUUAUGGUGCGUGUUUAUAUUAUUGAUACAUGGGCAGAUGCACACAGGAUGGAGGGCUGCAUAGCUCUCUCUCUCUCUCUCUCUCUCUCUCUCACACACACACACACACACAAACACAAACACACAAUUAUGUAUACUUACUAGCAUAUGUGUAAUAUUGGAGCAAGAUCUGUUAGGUACGCUCACAGUACACAUUUUACUGUCAUGACUCCCCUGUAUAUGUGUGUGUGUGUUUAUUGUUGUUGAUUGCAAUUUUUAAAAAUGGUUCUCAUGCACCAUGCCCUGAGAUCCUUUGCUUAUAGGGUGGGUUAUAAAUAUUUACAAACACACGCACACACACAUAUAUAUAUUGAUUGGUGUCCAUCUGUCUCGGGAGACAAUGGAGGAGUGAAGGCAAACUGUUGGAAGGCAGAGACUGGUAUGAGAGAGGCAUGUUUUGUGCAUAUACAUGUGCACAUACAUACAUACAAAGCUGCUACCAGACUGGGCGGGUGGGCUUGGCAUGAUUCAUAUUAUCAAAAAGUGCCCAUACAUAGAAAACUGGUGUGUCAGAAAGAGGCUUGAAGCCUCUGGUGUCUAAUUUUUCUACAAGUAAAGGGCAUGGGACUGGUGUAAUUGAAGAGGGUGUAGUGAAGUGAGCUUCCACCUGCAGUGUGAAAUGGUACAAUCCACAAACAGGCUUACCAACUUGAAGCAGUUCAUGUGGAACUAGGCCUCCACGAAAUGUGUAUUCAAAACUCUUCCUAUUACCUUGGAAAGCAAUUAUCCUUUCUGCGGGUGUAUAUUCAGGAUCAAAUAAUGUGGAUGAGUUGCUUCUUUAUGCUAGUUGUAAAGAGUGGUGAAAGGACGGUUUUUCAUUGCCCGCUUUCAAUUACACUUAAGGUGGAAACUAACUUGCCUUAAUAAGUAUAAGGGUAGAGCUGAGGAUGCUAGUUGUUCCUCCUUUUUAUAGUACAACAGCAAUGGUCCAGUUCAAAUUCUCUUCAAAUAAACGCCAUAUGGGGCAUGUCUAUGAACUCAACUGCGGAUAGGAACUAGUAUCUGACCCAUGACAGCAGGUUUUCCCAGCAGCAGUUUGCAUGAGCAUAUUGGUACCUUUUUUAUUAUUUGCAGCAUAGGAAGUCUCAUGGGAAGCUGUGUUAUACUGAAUCAGACCAAUCUCCUGCCUCUGCUCUAUAGUCUUGCUGUCAAGAAGUGGUGCCUUUCAGUGUGUGUUGUAACUUCUUUUACUCUGCUUGUAGGGUUUUUCAGUGCUUGAACCAGGUUAGCAUGUAGUGUUGAGACUCAUUGACUUGAUUAGCAAUUGACAGUAUUUUGUGCUUCCCAAAUCGUGCAAACAGGAAAUGUAACUCUCCAAAUCAUUUGUUUGUGUUUAAAUUAGACUUUGAGAAUCAACCCUGUUACCACUCUGAUCAUAUAUUUAACAAACAAAAAGCAAGCACAACUAUUCAAGGGUAACUGGGGAUACUUCCAGAACAGAGGUUAAUAGAAUAGAUCUCACAAAUGGGCUGUUGGCAACAUUUUUUUAAAUUAAUUGGAUUUUUCUUGGAAAGAGUAGGUCUGAAUUAAAUGGGGAAGUAUAGAAUGGUAUUUUUACACAAACAACGUAUUGGGAAUGCUGCAAAAGAUGUGCAUGCCUAAGGAGCACCCAUUCCACACCAAGCACCUGUCUGGAAGUACCCUUAUUGUUGACCUUGACUGUGAUCCUGUGGGAGCAGAAGUAUAUAAUAUAUAAGAUGAGAAUUGUUGCCAAACAUGGAAGAAAUCCACCAGACUAGACUUGAAAAUGCAUGUCAAAUACUACUUGAAAUUUUGUUCCAAAUUUAUAAUUUGAAAUGGUAGUAAUUUUAACCUUUUUAAAUUAUUUUUUAAAAGACAUUAUACUGCCCUUCAACCAGCAUUUUAUCCUUUUCCAUUCCAUCAAAUGAUGACUGGAGUUCCAAACAUGGAGAUGAUGAAUGAAGAGGAAGCACUUCAGGGGCCUUUGGAAUCAGACUUUGUUCCAGAACCUGUUCAAGGUGUCUCAAUUUUUUCCUUGAAAUGUUUAAGCAAAUAUGCAGGAACAUAUUUCUUUUAGGAUAUCUGAAAACAGUUGGAUAGCUUCAUUCUUCAGAGUGGUGGUAUUGCUGACCUGAACCAAUGCUUAUUGUGAAAAUGUGCCCUUUUCUUUACAGUUUUUAAAUAUUGUAGUAAGAGGAAAGAGUGGACACUUCUAGCUUGAGCUUGCAAAAAAAAAAUUCUAAUAACUGAUGAAGCAGCAGUUUACAUGAACAUACUUAACUUGUAUUUCUGUUGUAUACAGUAAAUGGUGAAUGUUGAAGUUACGGGAACAAGUUGCAUAACUUGUCCAUAUCAUGGUAUUCAUACAUGCAUUACAUUGAUCUCAGAUUGUUAAUGCAACCAUUUUUAUUCUGUUUUUUAGUUCAGAAACUGAUCCCAUUUAGUCUCACUUGAUUAUUCUACAUCGAUAUUUAAAAUAGUAGAUUACCAAUCCCCUUACAAUUCUUGGAUAUUGUUACUCAUUUCUGGAUAACAUUUAAUAAUGCAACUUCUUCGUUUGCAACAUAACUAUAUGAUUGCUUGCCAUGUAGUUACUAAGUUAUUUAUUAGGAUAAUGCACAAAAUAAAGUUUUGAUGCAAUCAAACUUUUCUUGCAGCCUUGUGUUUUCUAUAGCAAAUUGAAUUUAUUUGUAAAAGCAGCCUCUAGAACUAAACUUGAAUAAGAUUUCUCAAGUAAUUUUUUAUUGUGUACUUUCUCCAGAAAUGGGCACUGGGCACUGGGGUCAGUUUCGAUGCUCAGAGCUCAUUUGCAAGGCAUUUAAAAACCCUAUUUCAUGUAUCAGCAGGUUUCUAGUAAUAUUUAUCCAUCCAAAGGUAAAUAUUAACAGCACGAUGCUCUUUUCAUGGCAGUAACAGGAUGGAUAAGUUAGAAAGAUGUGGAGUUCUUCCAAUGUUCAUUGAGAAUAUUUGUUGAAUGUCUUGUUUAGCUGAAAGAUAUUUUAUUAGCUAGAAAUAGAUUUUUAAAUGUAACAUUUCACAUCAUCUCUGAUUUUAAAUAGUAGUAUUUUGCCAUCUCCAAAGACAUAACAAAAAGUCAUUUCCUUUUGUCUUUCAGCAACUGUUAAGGGAAGAAAGAGAAAAAACAAAACUUCUGAACCCAAGAAACCUGCUGCUAAAGUUGCCAAAUCAAAAGCCAAACAAGAAAAAAUCACAGAUACUUUUAAAGUCAAAAGGAAAGUAGAUCGUUUUAAUGGCGUAUCUGAAGCUGAAUUGUUAACCAAAACUCUUCCUGAUAUACUGACCUUCAAUUUGGAUAUUGUAAUUGUAAGUCAAAUGUAAGAAAGUUUUAUCUGUAGAUAACAGUUUUGCAGCCAGUUCAGUUAGCAACUUUGUAGUAAACCCCAAAGGGAUGUCUGUGUUAGUCUGUUGCAACAAUAGCAUUCUGUUCUUCGCUUGUAUAGAUUUGGGCUCUGUACAGAAAUGUUACAAACCUCCUCCUCUUGUAUGACCUUUUGGCUCUACAGUGUAAUGUUUUUCCCUGUGAGUUUCUCUAUGAGGAUAAUUUAUCAUCCCCCCCCCAUUUUUUUCUUUUUAAAUUAUAAGAAGAGGGUUGUUUGUUGUUUCAAGUGAUCAUUUUACUAGACUGGCUGGGAAUAAAAAGUGAUCACUUUCUGAUAUUUCCUUAUUCCCAACAAAUAAUUGAGGUCUAUUUUCACUUUUGCUUUUUCCUUAGCUGUUUUAAAGUAUUUUCCUCUGUUUUAGCACAAUGGUUUCCCAUUGUCAUAAACAUUUCAACUAUUUACAACAGAUCUGUAAGAGCUGAUGAGAUAAGUGAUUAACUUUAUAUUUUCUGGAACGUGAAAGUCAUCUCUGAGAUAUUUCACAUUUUAGUUCCAUACCCUGCUUUGCUUCAGCAAUUAAUAGUGGUAAACAGGUCUUUAUUUAUUUAAAACAUUUGUAUCUUGUCAUGCCUCAAAAAAAGCUCAAGGUAGCUAACAGAACAAAAUCACAACUUAACAAUUUUAAAACGUCAGUUGCCAAAAAUAUGAAAACAGCCAAAACAGAAAUGGAAAGCAGCAACAAUCCUCACUUACUAAUAGCAUUAAAAUAUAUUCAAAGAAAAUAUAGACAGUUAAAACCAAUGCAUUAAAACCAUGUUAUAAAACCAAACACAUAGGAGCAUAAUGUAAAUAGGUGGGCAGGCUCAUACAGGAAAAGGCAGCCCUGUAGAUGACCCAGUCCUAAACCAUUCAGGGCAUAACAAGUAUCCAAAGCACUUUGAUUUAUUCCAAGGAACAGAUUAGAAGAUUUAAUUGUUCUUUUGUUUUCUAGAUUGGUAUAAAUCCAGGUUUAAUGGCAGCUUACAAAGGCCAUCAUUACCCAGGACCUGGAAACCACUUCUGUAAGUUCCUCCUUCUAUGAUCUCUUGAAACUUUUAAGAAUGCAGUUUUAAUUCUGCAAUUUCUGAUUGUAGAAGGGCUAGAGAAAUGAGAUUGUGGGCAAGAUUUGGCUUUUGCUGGAAGAAGUGUAGUGAAUGGCUGCAUGGGUGAAAUGGUGAGCAUGUAAAAUAGUGCAUAUUCAGCAUGAAUGCUAAAAAGGAAAUGCCAAGCGGUGAGAAGAUAUUCGUUAUCUCACUUCCUUCCAAGAACAUCAGAGGCAAAUUGUGUGGGAAGCACACAAUAAGAGAGCCAAAAAUGACACGGUGUUCAAGUACUGGUUGCCUAAGAAGUUGACUGCAUUGUAACACAAACUAUAAGAAUCAUAUAUUUUCCGCCUCCACAGGGAAGUGUCUCUUUUUGUCUGGGUUAAGUGAAGAACAGUUGAACCAUAUGGAUGACCACACUUUGCCACAUAAAUAUGGUAUUGGGUUUACAAACAUGGUGGAAAGGACAACACCAGGGAGCAAGGACCUUUCCAGGUAGGGUCAAGUUGGAAUUCCGUAAAUAGAUCAUUGGUAUUUCCAGACCUGUUCUAUAACUUAAUAUUUUCCUCCCACUUUUUAGCAAAGAGUUUCGGGAAGGAGGACGGAUUCUGGUGCAAAAAUUGCAGAAGUAUCAACCUAAAAUAGCAGUUUUUAAUGGAAAAUGUGAGCCUUUCAUAUACAAGAUUUCUGCAUAUUGAUUUCACUGGCAUUGUAUUGUGACUAACAGUCAAUUUGUAUUUAAUUUGACUGUAGGCAUUUAUGACAUUUUCAGCAAAGAGGUUUUUGGAGUAAAGGUUAAAAAGUUGGAAUUUGGACUCCAGCCACAUAAGGUUCCAGACACAGAAACAGUAAGUUCCUGUCAUGGUUAUGAAAUGAAAACACAGAAUCUUACCAUUUGUGGAAGAAUGAAUUGAUAUAAACUUGUACUGAUGAAGAAAAAAACACUCCUAUUCAAAACUGUUACCUUAGAAUUUAAGAUUUCACUACCUGUGAGUGAGAUUAUGGAAGUUUUUGAAACAAAGUUAGUGUUCUUAAAAAUGCUCUACCAGUUUGGAGGCUUCUGAUUUAACAUUGCCUUCUGUUUUGAUAUUUUUUCCCUUUUACAGCUUUGCUAUGUUAUGCCCUCAUCCAGUGCAAGAUGUGCUCAGUUUCCUCGUGCACAAGAUAAAGUUCAUUAUUACAUCAAGCUGAAAGACCUAAGGGAUCAGCUGAAGGGUGUCGCGUCAAAUGCAGAGGUCCAGGAAGUGCAGUACACAUUCGACUUGCAGCUAGCACAAGGUAUAGCAUAUGAAGCCAGAAUAACCAGGAUUUGCUCAAAAGACCUAAUCCACAUAAGAAAAAUGAAGUGGGCCUGGGCAGCUGCUCAGUGCUGUAACUGGAAGACUGCAGUUGUGACCUAUUUUAAACAAAAGUGUCCUAAACUUAUGCAUGAUUUCUUGUGUGAAACUAUUCCUUAAACAGUUUAUCAAGAGAGCAAAUAGAAAGUUUUUAAUACAUUUUGGAGGUCUUGUAACUUGUAAUUCCUUAAAAUUCUAUUUUAUACUGGAUAUUAUAUAAUCAUUUACAGUAAGGGUAUAAUUAGAAUAUACCUUCUGAGUAGGAUAACAGUGUUAUCCUGUUGAAAGACUCCUCAUAUGCUCAAGUCAAGAGUUUGAAAUCUGAUUUAUUUUUCUCAAUAAGGUUUUUAUUGAGAUUUUCCCAUAAUACAAUAAGGUUACAGUUACCUCAGAUACAAAACAAGAAAAAGAAGCAAAAGAGAAAGAGGCAACAGAGAUAGAGAGAAGAGAGAGAGAAAACAAAGAAAGCAGAAACAGAGAAACAUUAGCAAAAAUGACAAAAGAGGGACUUCCGAGGGACUUCUGCAACCUUGGUUCUCGAACUUAAUCUGUUCUGAAGUCCAUUCAACUCCCAAAACGUUCAAAAACCAAGGCGUGGCUUCCGAUUGGUGCAGGCGCCAGAGAAACAAUAACCGACAGCCGCAUCAGAUGUUCAGCUUCCGAAAAGCGUUCAAAAACCGGAACACUUCUGGAUUUUUGGCACUCAGGAGCUGAUUUGUUCAUUGACCAAGCCAUUUGAGAACCAAGGUUCCACUGUACUGGUCAUGUGCAGAAAGAAUAUAAAAUUAUUUAAAACCAUCGGUCAAUAUGAACUACUAUCCACUUCACUGUCUGUUAAACAAUAUUUCCUCUAAGUUACAGUGUCUCAUAGUCAUCGUUUUGUUUAUUUUAUGGAAAGUCCAAGAUAGGUCCCCUAAAUACUGUAAUUAUUUAUAAGUGUUAACCAUAUUUCUUCUUUUUAUUGAUUCACACCAAGAUUAUUCCAUAUUGUAUCAUACUGUUUCUUUCCAUCCAUGUCUAUAUUAAGGUCUCUCCACUGUGAUCAUAUAUUAUAUUCCAUUUUUGUUUCUCAUAUAACCACUUGUUCAUGUCUGGUUAGAGAUUUGAUUUAAGCUUUCAAUGUAUGUGUGUGUGUGUGUGUUUCUUCAGAGGAUGCUAAGAAAAUGGCUGUCAAAGAAGAAAAAUAUGAUCCGGGUUAUGAAGCAGCUUACGGGGGUGCUUAUGGUGAGAAAACAGCCGAGGAAGGUGAACCAUGUAACUUCCCUUCAAAUGGAACAGGUAGAGUAUAGGGAAUAUUUUGUUUUCUCUUCAUUUUAAUCCAUGUUCCCUGAUGCAGAAGAUAAUUAGGAUUGGUUCUAUUAAUUCCUUUUGUUUUAGACAAGUGCAACACUGCAUUUGGAACUCAAUGCAAAAGUAUAAACUAUUAAGGUGUUAUAAAGUAGAAGUCACAUUCUGCAUUCACAUGUAACUUUUUAUAUCUAUUUUUAAAAUCUGACAUAGAGAAGCAUGUAUAAAUCUGUGUAAGUAAAAUUCAGUCUUUUCAGUUGCCAUACAUUUUCUCUGUCUUUCACUCUCUCACUUUAUCACUUGUAAGAUAAUGACUAUAAUAAUGAUAAGCAGCAGCAGCCACAGCAGCAGCAGUGCUAAUGCCAGAGGAUCUAGGGGUACUGUUGGGGGACAUGGUAAAUUAGUGAGAAAUAGCAAAUCCAAAAUCCAAAAAGUUACUCAUGGUUAUUUGACUUAUUUAUCAUCUUUAGUGAAAUAGAAUAACAAAAUACAAAUUUUAAGUGACAGUUGGGCUUUUUAAUUCCAUUUAUUUUCUAUCUUGCUCUUCAGCCCCAAGUGAUUCUCAUAGUGGCUCACAAAUAAAAAUGAAACUACAAAUGCAAUAAACAAUCUUUUAUGAAGCAGCAGAGCACUAAACCAGAUAUUAGAACCAGAGCCGCAUAACAUCAAAACUGUUUGUUAAAAUACUAUCUAAAAAACAAAUAAAAAGUAAUGGCACUAACCCAGUAAUUAAUGUCAGCACAAAGUGAGACACCCUUCCAAAGAUGGGACAUUUGAUGGGCAAAUAUUUCUCUUCCAGUGGAAAACAGACCAACAGGAAUGCCUUGGAGGAAGGCAUAGAAUUCUUGAAGCACACUUACUUUCUUAUAGGAGAAUUGGCUAAAAUAUGGCCAUCUUUAGUUUUUUAAAAAUUGUUUUCUUAAUGAAAUAGAUUGAGUAAGUUAGUUGCUUUAAGUUGUACAUGUUUAACUUCUUUUUUAAAUGGAUAGCAGCUGGCUGGCUUUUGUAGCUGAAAAUUUCAUGGUGGGGAAUGGGUUAGACUUGCAGGGGUGCCGAAACGUUUUUUCAAAGAGGGCCAGAUUUGAUGAAGUGAACAUGCGUGAGGGCUGACCAAAGUUGUUGAGGUUUUUUUACAAUUUUACCCCAAAGUUGUUGAGCUUUUCUUAGGAUUUUACCCCAGGACAUAUAGUGCCACAGGGGCCGGAUUAAAUCAACCAGCGGGCCGGAUUAGGCCCCCCAAACGGAUUUUGGACAUGCCUGGGUUAGAAUUUCCCUGAGGUGGCUACCCUCAGCCACCCACCAUCUACAGUCAGACAGAUGAAUGGAUGCCCCCUGGUGGGCAAAAUCUGUAACCAGCACAUUUGGGGAAAUGCCUUUUCUUCCUUCAGCCAGAGCACCAACUAAACGAUUAAGUCAUUUUGGUUUGUUUUCCUGCAGCAACCAGUGCAGAGUACAGCAGUGGAUCUUCCUUUGGAGAUGUCCCCAAUGGACAGUGGAUGACACAGUCUUUCACAGAUCAGAUUCCAGAUUUCAGGAAUUCUAGACCACAAGAGGAAGAAGGAAGCAAUGCUUAAAGGCUGCCUUUUAAGCCAAGCGUAACUUCUGCAGGAGUUUUUUAAAAUGUCAAGAAUGGUACCUCAGUUCUCCAACUGAAGCAUUUUUAAAUAGCAUUUUACCUCUUAGUUCUCUCUUAUGAUAACAAUUUGUGUUUGUAGAUUUAGACCUAUGAAUCAGGUCACUUAAAGAAAAUGUUUUUUAAGAGAUGAGGCUUCCCUGUUUCUUUCUCUUUCUUUCUUAUUUUGUAUGAGACUUUUGUAUUUAAAUGGUUCCAUAGUUGCAGUUUUAGAAAACUUGACUUCUCAUUGGUGAAAACUUUUUGUUUUGUUUUGUUUUAAAUCUGUAUUUUGUAAUGUAGUUUGUGAACGUACAUUUUUAACCUAUCCCUUCAUGUGUUGGGAUAUUUCAUACGUGUGUUAGUCCAUCUAAGGAGAGGGAAAGCUGCUUGUAGAUCUAACAUUGUUACUGGAAGUGACAUAGCAAGUUAUUGUCCAGCAAAUCUGUUACACAUAGUUGUAGGCCUGCCUCUGGUGUGAAGGAGGCUUGUUUUUAUGGCAGAAAGUAGCGUGCAGGCAUGUAUGUACAUCAUUUGACUACUGCCACUUGAAUGUGUGACCUGCCACCAUUGAAAAGCAUAAGGGUUGAACCAAAUGAUCACCAGGUCUCUCCUCUGUUACUUUAUGGGGGCCGAGCACCUUCAUCCUAUUGUUGUUGUUUAAUAUCUGCUGCUAUUUCAGCUGGCAUUUUCACACUCUCCAUUUCAUUCAUCCUCAAGUGAUCCCAGUCAAUCAGGGAUUAUAUACUGGAUGUGGUGACAUUACAGUGCUGUGCAGCUGGUCAGAUUUGACUGCUUGCUGAUGUCACUAAGAGCAAGUGGGUUCUCCUUAGUGUAAGGGCACUGCUUCAGAUUCAGAUUUUGAGGAUAAUCUUGGCCCAUAAGGGAUUCUAAAAUCAACAUUUUAACAGCCUUUCACAGUGAUCUCUGAAAAACAACUGAAAGUUGUAGCACUUCUUUCAGUUCUGAGCUAAGAUUAUCCUAGCACAUGCCUUUGUUCAGGCCUCCCUUUACUGCUUCUGGCUCAGCCUUAAAAAGCUUUCCUUGUGAGAAAUGGAAAUCCUGCCUCCAGUGGAUUGUCUUUGAUGGCCCAUGAUAAACAUGCAUGUGUGAACAAUUCCUUAGUGUGUGAGAGAAAGUGUGUGUGUAAAGAAGAGAGGUAUGAGGAGACUGUGCACAUGUUUCUGAGAGUUUAAUACCUCGAUCUCAUAGCCACUUAUCUCAGGAAGAUGGAGGGGAAUGCUGUAACUGCCACAUUUUGUGUGUUCCCUUCUGCCUGCCCUCUGAAGGUUGAGCUGCUGGUGGGGAAUGGCUAGUAGUGUAGCUCUUGGAAUGGAAAGAUAUAGUGGUGGGGAUUUAGGGCUAGGGAACAUGUGGUCAUCCAGAUGUUUUUGGAAUCCAAAUCCCAUCAGCCCCGCAUUGCAUGUCCAGGAUGACAUGCAAUGGUCCAGGAUGAUUGGAGUUGUAGCCCAACAAUAUAUUGAACAGCACAUGAUCCCCAACCCUGAUUUAGUGUUUCAAGAGAACUUUUGGCCAGAAUAGAGAACCACCUUAAGAAGGAAAUAUGUAUGCUCUGUACAGUGGUACCUUGGUUCUCGGACUUAAUCUGUUCCAGGAGUCAGUUCAACUUCUGAAACUGUUCAAAAACCAAGGCACUGCUUCUUAUUGGCUGCAGGAGCUUCCUGCACUCAAGCGGAAUCCGUGUUAGAGAUUCGGCUUCCGAAAAACAUUUGCAAACUGGAACACUUACUUCCAGGUUUGUGGCGUUCAGGAGCCAAUUUGUUCGACAACUAAGCCGUUUGAGAACCAAGGUUCCACUGUAUAGGCUUUUUAAAUACAUACAUGCCACAGGAGGAGGAAAACAUUGGAAAGGAACUGGGGGCAAAAGAGGGUUGAUCUGAAGAAGCUUCACCAGAAUUCAGCAUUUUUCAUUUUUAGGAAACAUCACAUUCCACAUCUUGCUGGCCAAAACGAUGGUGGUGGUGGUGUGACAUUCAGGCAGCUACAAGCCUACCCUAGGAAAUGGACAUAAUUACCCAACUACAAAACAUUUCCUAAUGGUUUGGGGCACAGUGACAUUGCAUUGCAGACACAGCACCUGCAUAUGGAAGAUUUCAGUAAGCUUGCCCUGUCCUCCCCUCCUACUCAUGGCUACUCAUACAGGCAGUGCUACGGUGUUGGGAGAAAUGGGAAGUCUCUGUGCAUUUCCACAGACCUAUUGAGCCCCUUCUCUCCAUGCCUUGCAAAAGUUUGGGUAUAAGUGAAGGAGAUGUGUCCCUUUCCCCUCUAACAUUCCUUCGCACUGCCUUGUAUGCACAAGUGAAGGAGGGAGAAAACAGCCUCCGUUUUAGCUCUGUUGGAAUUCUUUGCUUGCAAGUUUUGAGCCCACAAUGCAAGUGGAUCGUGCUCAUUGUCUUUGGAUAAACUUAAAUUGAUGUUGGGAGUAUUUGUUCUGUCUGUGCCUAAUAUCUUGCUUCCUUCUCUCUUCCCCGCACCUCCUUUUUGUCACAAGUGGGGAAGAGAUGGCUUAAAAGUAAAAGCAAUAAGAGGAUCAAACUGAAGUUUUGAUCAUCUGCUGAUUAGGUGCUUCGGAUACUUGAAUUAUGCGCAAGAACUGUGUCUCCAUAAUGUGUACAUAGUCUAGAUCACUAUUUAAGUAUGCCACAAACAGCUGGAUUUAUUUAAAAAUGUCUUGUGUGUGUUUGGAUCAGGAACAAUGGUUUGAGUGGAUCAAUUUAAAGUAGAUCCAUAGCUUGCUAGCAGCUUUGAACCUUAUGUAGUGUUUUGACUUGCUGCUCAUUGAGAGAUAAGCAUGUUUGUGAUCUCCCUCCAAAAUCAUGUGCUUUAAUCCACAAAUACAACAUUGUUGUUUUUUAAAAAAUAAUAAGAUUGAGGUGUAUAUUCUGGUUCUGAUCAUGUCGGUUAGUUGCUGUGGAAACUUUUCAUCACCUGGUCAACAAUCUAUAAAUGAUUCACUUGCAGCACAGUCCUAUGCAUGUUUACUCAUAAUUAAGCCCUCCUGUGUUCAGUGGGAUUUACUCCCUAGUAAGUGUGUUCAGGAUUACAGCCUUAGGUUUUUUAAGGGUUUUUUUAAUGUAUCGCUGUUUACAUGGACACUUUCUUGCAAGUGCUUGAAGUGCCUUGCAUCAGGGAUCUGAAACAAUUUUUAGUUUUAACAAAGCUAUAUUGCCACAGGUGGUGGACAGCUCAGUAGUAACUUUAGUUAAGUGUGAAAGGGGAACAUCUUACUUAAAAGAGAAUCCAUUAGAUUACCAACAGGUUAAUGAAAUGUGAAUGCACGUCUAUUGUCAAACAUGGUGCUUUUAAAAAUUGUAUUGAACACUUCUGAUCUGCCAAUUUCUUGCAAAAAACAAACCAGGAAUUGUUGCAGUAUCUUCUGGUGCUUAAUUGUGGCAUUGUUUAAUAAAAGUCUUAAUGCUGAAUUGUUUGUGCUGUUGAAAAGAAGAAAUGGAUAAAUUAUUUGAAAUAAAUAAAAGAACGGAUGUUU